AUGGUCUUAACAGACUGGGGAAAUGAUAGUGUCAAGGUUGGUAUUUGCGACAGAACGUCAGAAUACAUUGUGUCAGAGAACUCUUGGCCAUUAUUUGUAUAUGAGAACUAUCAAGUCAAUCGUAACGACCUCGAAGAAGGUUUCCUCAAGUCGAAGCUUCUGGUUCUGGCUUUCAAAGCCAUCUUCACAUCACCUUCCUCAGCAAGGGAAGCUGAAGGUGAUGGUUAUGGAGCUGAUAUUCUCGAGAAUAGCAGGCACGCCCGGCGGAAAUCUGAACAGAUGAAGGUUAAAACAUGCGUCACUUCGAUCAUUAAUAUGAAGAAAGUCACGCCUCGUGCUAUCGCUUAUGUUGUGUGUCAAGUUUGUUUCGCUCUAUCAAGUGUAACAUCUUGGCAUACUGUGGAUGGCGACUUCAACUAUGAAGCAUUUUGGAGCAACACUGUAGACUUUUUUGAAAAUGUCCCUGGCCCUGUCAUGAAACGCAAAGUGGAUAAGCUUCUCGAGUGGUGGACUAGGAAGAUUUUUGGAACAAAUCAUUGCAACGACCUGACGCCCGAUGUUGUAUCUCAGAUGUUUGUCAAUGCACUAGCCGAACAGAGGAAGAAGCUGGAGGAUGCCGCUUUUGACUCAGAAUGA